UCUAAGAAGGAUGUCAUCAGACCCCCGGCACAGUGGCCAUGGACUUCCUGGUCUGGAGAACUGUGGGAAAUGGGUUUCUAUUUUUAGUAAACUACCCUCGUCUGUCCUCUUCUGUUACAGCAACAGAGACUAACUGAAACUGAAAGUUUCACCAAACGACCCCGUCUUCAAACUGGACACAUGAGCAGCAUAUGCCUCUUCAGAGAUGUUGCUAUCAUCAAAAGUGGAAAAAGGAGAAAGAGAAGGGCCUACUCUAGGCUGGACGGGGCCAAGGAGCAGCACCAGCAGCACCAGCAGCACCAGCAGGACCAGCACCAGCAGCACCAGCAGCAGCAGCAGCAGCAGCAGCAGCAGCAGCAGCACCAGCAGCACCAACAGCACCAGCAGCACCAGCAGCACCAGCAGCACCAGCAGCACCAGCAGCACCAACAGCACCAGCAGCACCAGCAGCACCAGCAGCACCAGCAGCACCAGCAGCACCAACAGCACCAGCAGCAGCAGCAGCACCAACAGCACCAGCAGCACCAGCAGCAGCAGCAGCAGCAGCAGCACCAGCAGCACCAGCAGCACCAGCAGCACCAGCACCAGCAGCACCAGCACCAGCAGCACCAACAGCACCAGCAGCAGCAGCAAAAUCAAAUGGACAAAAUCCCAGGCAUGAUGAUAUUUGAAAUCCCAGAAACAAAAAAUCUGGAAAGAAUUUAAAAAGUAGAAGAAAAAAAUUCAAAUAUUUUGAUCAUCCAGAGUGAGCAUCAUCCAAGCUACCAACUGGAUGAGGACUUCCAGCCCUGGCUCUAUUCACUUUUUUUUUUUUAAAUCUUGAAGUUGUUAUGAUCAUGUGAUACAUUCAAAUUGUGCAUAAUGACAUUUAAGCCUAUUUUCUCUGCUUAUAAAAGAAUUGCGUGCUCAUCACAGAAAAGCUGCUUCUUGGUGGCAUAUUGACUGUUAUCAUCCAGUGACUAUCCAAAGAUCCAGGCUCAUCAUUAUGAGUUUCGAAGACACAGAAAAUUAACACCCUAGUUUUUGGCAGCCAAAAUGGUCAUUAUGUUGUUCUCUGUAUCUGUGCAUUUUCUGGAAGGGGAACAAAAAGACCCUUUUGUUUAGCUGAUCGCACACCAUAGCCACAUAUAGAAAGACUGGUCAUUGGCAGCAAGUGUCAGAAUUUAAUCUUUGGCAUUUUAUAUGGAUGUCAGGUCUGGCAAGAUGAGAGGGUCAGUGUAUGCCUCCUUGAUAUGAAGGCGAGAGGCCACCUUCCACUUUCUCCAUCUUGGGUCUGUGUAACAUUCUAGGGAGAGGAGAGGGAAGGUUGAAGUUCAUGUCUGCAGCAACCAAGAAGAAGCUGUGUUCCAUUAAAACCUGGACAUAACCAAUGUAAAUCCAGAGAUGGGGUGACCCGGGAGUGCCUGUACCUUGUCAGUCGUGUGUGCAGAUGACCUUUAAGGGGCUUAUGAGACCCACUUAUGGGCAUAUCUUCCUAGCUGCAUAUUCCAUGAACAGGUAGAAAAACACUGGCACCUUUUGGCAUUGUCAUUUCAGAAAUUACCAAAUGCUACGGUUCGUGUUUUCUUUCUCCAACUCCAAAACGCAACCAAUCGCUAAUGCACACCACACUGCCUUGGAUGCCCUGAAGCAAAAAAUUAUGGAAGAACAAGUCCUACAGGCUUCAGAAGCUGAGGCCUUUCCUUUAGUCCUGUGAACUACAACUCUCAUGGUGCCCUGUGACAUGGAGAGUCAUGCCUACUUAGGAUCUUCUGUCUGUGGUAGGACGGGGAAGUAAGAGAGACCAAGAUGGGGUGUGAUAUACCAACUAUGUUGUAUAAUACUCACAGCAGCUCACAUGUGGUAGUGGUUUCCAAAUUGUUGUGUUUGGGGGGGAAAAAAGCAUCAUUUCCAUUGUUCUUUGCUCUGUGCCUUGAAUCUUUUAAUCAAUUUAUAUAUUAAAAAAGAAUCACACCUA